AUGGACUGGACUCUCACAAACUUGACAACCGAGGUGGAGGGACAGCCGGUGGACACCUGGCAGUUGAUCAACUCUGCCAGAGCCGAAUAUCUGAGCGGCUGCAGAUCCAUGAGUGAACUCUUUCUACCCAACACGACAACUUUCCAAGUCGGUGUAGGCUUGGUGAAUUGCAACUCCACGGCUUUCCUCACCAUUUCUGAGAUAAGGGAUCGCAGCGUGUGCACCGUAACCGGCUCCACCGUCAUCGAUUUCUCUGGACAUUCCUCGCUAGUGGACGACCGCUGUGCUUACACGUUGUACUCCAACUCAAGCAUCCAUGUGGUGGCCGUUUUCAAGGAACGCCGUCGUAAAGACGUUGUGUUUUUGGACCGCGUCAUUAUCGAACUGCUGGACCCGGACUCUGUUGUUCAAUUGGGACCAGGUGUGAAAGUUCUGGUGAACAACACUAAUGUGAACAUUAGCAGCGUGUCUGAAGAACAUGACGGGUUGGAGCUCCACCAGGACCAGACUGGACUCACAGCCAGCAUAUAUAAGUCUGACUACAACAUCACUGUUUUCUUUAACGGAGACACUGCUCAAAUUCUCCUGAGACAUCCAUGGCUGUUGGCAGAAAAUCUGGACAGUCUCUGUGUCAACUCUAGUUCAACUAUAAGUGACGUGAAGUCAUUCGAUUUCAGCGACCAGGGCUGUGAGACGCAGUACAGCGAGCCAGCUGACGAGUCCAUCAACUGCACCACAGUGACUGAACACUGUCAGGUCCUCAAUGGCCCUGACUUCGCUGACUGUCACGCCGUUGUCGACUCAGGGCCGUACAUCGCAGCCUGCAACCAAACGUUGUGUCAUUAUCCAGAUGUGGACGGCCUCAGGUGUGAAUUUCUGGAGGCGUACGCCCACGCCUGCAGCCUGAAACAGGACCACAUGUUGGACGACUGGAGAACGGAUGCCAACUGCCCUGCCCCUGAGGCCUUCUGCAAUGACACACACUGUGUUGAUCACGAGUUCUGUGCUGACGGCAUCAACGGUCAAAUCAACUGCUUCUGUCGAGCCAUUUUUGCCUCCGACUACAGGUCCAACGACACCUUAGGCGAUCCGGCGGUCUGCUUGGACAACACUGCUUCCAUCACUCUGGUUGGUUGUCUCCUGGAGGAAAAAGGCUUCAGAUACACAGACUUGCACCUCAAUGACGACUCUUGUGGAGGUCACAGGGACAUGCACCACAUGGUGACCUUCAACUUUAGUGACAGCAACGCCUGUGGGACUGUGGUCACGGCCAACGACAGUGUGGUUGUGUACAAGAACACUGUCACUGGAUUGAACACCUCUGAAAUUGUUGCCAACUUUGACAAAUUCCACGUGAACUUUUCCUGCUACCACAACCAGCCGGAUGUUCAGAGUAUUCGCUUUAGAAUCAAAGACAACUCUGUCGUCCAGCAGGUCGAAUCGGAAUCUUGGAAUUACACUCUUAAGAUGACAGCCUAUAAGGAUGCUCGACGCACACAACCUGUGAUGUCAGAAAUGGAUAUUCAGUUGAACCAGAGGGUCUGGGUAGAGCUGAUGACGGAAGGUCUGGAUGACAACCUGGUCUUCUUGGUGACCAACUCCUGCUGGGCCACGAGCGGCUCAUCGCCUUACGAGGGACUGCGAUACGACCUGAUCUCUGACGGUUGUCCGAGCCCUGUGGAGCCCCCAGUGAACGUGAUGGACAAUGGAGUCGCAGUCUCCAACAGCUUCACCUUCAACAUGUUCCACUUCUCUGGAGGAAGCUAUGAGGUCUACCUGCACUGCAAAGUUGCACUGUGUCCCAACCAGAGUGGAGACUGCCAGCCGAGUUGUGGUGGUCCUGCUAAGAGAAGAAGACGCAGGCGUGUCAGGUCUGAAUAUGUUGAUGAAAGCCCCGCCCUCAUCAGCAUGUCUUGGAGUAACUAGCUGUUUCUAUGGCAACGCAAAGAGUGCGGACCUUCAGAACGAUUCAAGACUUGGUCUUGAGGGGAAUGUCUAUUAGAAGAAAUUCUACGUCCACUUUUAAAUGGAAAUGUUUGGAUCAGUUUAAAGUUUGAAGGCUGCGACUCUUUAAUGUUUACCACGGUAUUGUAACAUGGUGAAGGGAAAAUGACUCCAUGGCUAAUCAAUAAUCACAUAUCACACAGGAGUGCAAACAAUGUUUCAUAUCAUCUUGUUGCAUCUACAAGUUUAAAUUGAGUUUAAGCAGUCUUAAUUACAACAACUUUUAAUUAAAACUGUUU